GGGGAGUGGAGCGGGGGCAGUUGGAGCGACACGGGGCUCCUGCCUGGCCUCCGCCUUCCUCUCCCCGCCCCCGCCCCGGUCAACCCAUCUCCCCAGACUCAGCUUCCAAACAAAGAAAAUAUUUUAUUGCCACCGAAUGCAGCAAACUAAGAAUCAUGGAUCUGAAAUUCAAUUCCUCUCGAAAAUAUGUUUCUAUCAGCGUACCUUCAAAAUCCCAAGCUAUGUCACCCCACAUCAAAUCAGUAGAUGAUGUAAUAGUCCUUGGUAUUAAUCUCAACAAAUUUAACAAAGCUACUCAAUUUUUCAUUUGUGUUUCUGGCGUCUUUCUGUUUUAUCUCAUUUAUGGAUAUCUACAGGAACUGAUAUUUUCAGUGGAGGGUUUUAAACCCUUUGGCUGGUACCUUACCUUAGUGCAAUUUGGCUUUUAUUCCGUUUUUGGACUCAUAGAAUUACAGCUUAUUCAGGACAAAAGGAGACGGAUCCCAGGCAAAACCUACAUGAUAAUAGCUUUUCUAACAGUGGGGACAAUGGGUUUAUCAAAUACCUCCUUAGGAUAUCUGAAUUAUCCUACACAAGUAAUCUUCAAGUGCUGUAAACUGAUCCCAGUUAUGAUAGGAGGAGUCUUUAUACAAGGAAAACGUUAUAACAUUGCAGAUGUUUCCGCCGCAAUAUGUAUGAGCUUGGGCUUAAUAUGGUUUACUCUAGCCGAUAGCACAAUUGCACCGAAUUUCAACUUGACAGGUGUGGUCCUUAUAUCACUUGCCCUCUGUGCAGAUGCAGUUAUAGGAAACGUACAGGAAAAAGCUAUGAAGUUGCACAACGGCUCAAACUCUGAAAUGGUUUUGUAUUCCUAUUCAAUAGGUUUCCUGUACAUUUUAUUGGGGCUGACAUGCACUAGUGGCUUAACUCCUGCAGUAACAUUUUGCUCAAAGCAUCCAGCUCAAACAUACGGCUAUGCGUUCUUGUUUUCCUUGACUGGCUAUUUUGGAAUCUCUUUUGUCCUGGCUUUGAUUAAAAUCUUUGGGGCUCUUUUAGCUGUAACAGUCACAACAGGAAGAAAAGCAAUGACGAUUGUACUUUCUUUUUUGUUUUUUGCAAAACCAUUCACAUUCCAGUAUGUUUGGUCAGGCUUAUUAGUUGUCCUUGGUAUAUUUCUCAAUGUUUACAGCAAAAACAUGGAUAAAAUCAGGCUGCCUUCACUACGCAGUCUCUGGAAUAAAUCUGUUGAAGACAGAAAGACAAGGACGUUGUCCCAAACUGUGUAGACUGUGGCUUCUGCCAUUUCCUGCGCUGGACUUUUCAUUUCUGUUACUUUGUUGCAAUAGUCUCCAGCUGAUUCAUUUUCCAAAGGGAAUGAUACUAAAACCAAAGGAGUCGAAGGCAUUUUGUCCACUUCUGGAUGGCUGAUGUCAACAUUUCUGUGAUAGCCUUCGCUUUGGAGCACUUGGACCUCAUCCUCGGAGUGGGCUUAGCCUGGAUAGUGCCAUUUGAUAAUGGGCUUUGAAGGAGAGUAGUUCUUGGAAGAGCUGCUGGAAUCCUCACUCCAAAUGGAGCAUUUGGGAGAGGGUGUGUGAUUUAAUUUGGGCAUUUUAAUUGUAUCAAAGAUGCUGAUGCUGCUGAACCUAUGGGUCUUUGCGUUUUAUUGUUGGGAGCAGUUUAUUUAAAUGUAAUGUUGUAUUGAACCUUAAUAGAAACUAAUCAGAACUCUGUUGAAAAAAACAAAGUUUAAGCCCGCAAGGUUGAAAUCAUUAUGCCAUAAUCCUUUUUAAAAUAAAAAAUAACAUUUCGGUUUAUAAAGAAAACUUUUGUUCA